AUGAUAUCCAAGAAUCCUCUCUCUCAUGUCGUAGUAUCUCAGAAUGCAGAAGAAAUCAUUGUUCAGAGCAAUCAGAAUGCUCCAGUUUAUGGUAGAUUAUACGCACAGGACCUUGAAGCGGUUGAGGCCAAUUCAGAUGAGGUAUCGACUGAAGAACUUCUUCAGAAGCAGCCGUCGAGGGUAAUUGAUUCUGCUACCGAUAGUAUGGAACUUACCUUACCCACUUGUACUUCAAACAUUGAGUCAAUUUUUUCUCCCAUUCUCGAGUCAAUCUGCAACAAUGAAGGAAGUGACAAUCUCUAUGUACCACAGCUAGAUAGCGAAGACAGUGAUGACAGCAGCAAAAAUUCUUGUAAAUAUAAUCAAGCAUGCAAUGUAACAGACUUUUACAUAUCUGACAUGAUUUUUUCUGCAUCGCCAAUCGGAAGCAAUUCCGAUUGCAGCAGUGGAACAAAAUCAUUUUUUCUAUCCGAUUAUCAACUUGAUGACGAGUCUAGUUUACUCUGUUAUGAUUUGACUGAGGAGCAUAUGGUAUUGCCCUUUUUGGAGGCUACUUUCGAUCCUCGACUUGAAAAUGGUGAAACACCUGCAAAAGAUUGCGAGUCCUUUGAUCCACAAAUGUAUAUCAAAAGUCCUCCAUACCAGGCUGACAUGGCAUUUCCGGUUCGAGUCUUGGCUAAUAAGCAAAGUAACAAGAAGAUCACUUUAGUACUCGACUUAGAUGAAACGCUCGUUCAUUCGACAUUGGGGCACUGUGAUAAUGCGGACUUCACGUUUACUGUUACCCUCAACACAAAAGAAUGUGUGGUGUAUGUUAAACAGAGGCCUCACCUCAUGACUUUUCUGCAAAGAGUGGCCGAAUUGUUUGAAAUUGUGGUGUUCACUGCUAGCCAGAGCAUUUACGCGAAGCAGCUUCUCGAUAUUUUAGACCCACAUGGAAAAGUUAUAUCAAGGCGGGCUUAUCGUGAAUCGUGCACCGUCUUGGGAGGAACUUACAUAAAAGACUUAACUAUAUUGGGUGUUGAUCUUGCGAAAGUUGCCAUAAUCGAUAAUACCCCUCAGGUUUUCAGGUUGCAAGUGAAUAAUGGAAUCCCGAUCAAGAGCUGGUUUGAUGAUCCAUCAGACGAUGCACUUAUUUCACUACUGCCGUUUUUGGAGACUUUGGUUGAUACUGAUGAUGUUCGGCCAGUAAUUGCUAGGAAAUUCGGUAACAAGGAAUAA